AUGCUGGAGAAGGCGUGGGUUAAUUUGUCCAGACUUGAUCCUGCUUAUGAAAAGGGUGCAUGGGACUUUGUCCGAGCUGUUUUUGCUGUUAGAGGAGAUAGUCAGUUGAUCAUUUGCCCUUGUAAAGACUGUCGCAAUGUUGAUCGUCAUUCAGGCAUUAAUGUAGUUGAUCAUCUUGUGAGACGUGGAAUGGAUGAGGAUUAUAAGCGGCGUAAGGACUGGUAUCAUCACGGAGAAUUGAGCUCAGUGGAGGCUGAAGUAAGGAUGAAAGGAAAUCAGUUAAACGAAGAGAUUGUUGGGUUAUACAGAGCUGCUGAGACUAAGUAUGGCUGUUCUGAUUUCUGUGAGAUGGAAGAGGUAGAAGACAAGAAAGAAGAUGAGUUCUUGGCAAAGAUAGUAGAUGCCGAAACACCAUUAUAUCCAAACUGUGCAAACCAUAGCAAGCUCUCUGCCAUCGUGUCAUUGUUUAGAUUGAAGACUCAGAAUGGCUGGUCUGAUAAGAGCUUCAAUGAUCUACUUGAGACAUUGCCGAAGAUGUUACCUGAGGAGAACGUGCUUCAUUCAUCAAUGUACGAUGUGAAGAAAUUCUUGAAGACUUUUGGUAUCGGUUAUGAAAAGAUUCAUGCCUGUGUCAACGAUUGCUGUCUAUUCAGAAGAAAGUUGAAGAAGCUUGAUAAUUGUCCCAAAUGCAAGGCUUCAAGGUGGAAGAUAAACAUGCAGACUGGUGAGGUCAAGAAAGGGGUCGCGCAAAAAGUAUUAAGAUACUUUCCAAUCAUUCCGAGGCUGCAGAGGAUGUUUAGGUCUGAGGAAAUGGCGAAAAACUUAAGGUGGCAUGCUAGUAACCGUAGCACCGAUGGGAAACUCAGACACCCUGUAGAUUCAGUGACAUGGAAACAAAUGGAUGACAAACAUCCUUUAUUUGCUGCUGAGGAGAGGAAUAUUCGACUGGGAUUAUCUACUGAUGGAUUUAAUCCUUUCAGCAUGCAGAACAGUAAGUACAGUUGUUGGCCUGUGUUGUUAGUAAACUACAACCUGCCUCCAAAUCUGUGUAUGAAGAAGGAGAAUAUCAUGCUCACCUUGCUCAUUCCUGGUCCACAGCAGCCUGGUAACAGCAUUGAUGUCUACUUAGAGCCUCUAAUAGAGGAUCUAAACAAGUUGUGGAGCCUUGGAGAGUCGACAUAUGAUGUGGUGAGUAAAUCUGUUUUUACUCUCAAGGCAAUGCUUUUGUGGACGAUUAGUGAUUUCCCAGCCUAUGGAAAUCUAGCUGGUUGCAAAGUGAAGGGGAAAAUGGGCUGCCCUGUAUGCGGGAAGGACACAGAUAGUAUGUGGAUGAAGUUCUGUAGGAAACAUGUUUACAUGUCCCAUAGAAAAGGUCUCCCACCAACGCAUAGGUAUCGGAUAAAGAAGACUUGGUUUGAUGGAAAAGCUGAACAUGGAAGAAAGUCUAGGAUACUGUCGGGUCAUGACAUAUCCAAUAAUCUGAAAAACUAUGUCAACAAUUUUGGGAAUGGAAAAAAAUCUGGGAUGAAGAGGAAAAGGACUGCCAUUGUCGAUGAAGAAAAAACUGUGGAAGAUGUUUCCAGUGAAUCAGAGGCAGAGGAAGAAGAUGAAGUUGAUGUUGAGGAGUUAUCUAGAUGGAAGAAAAGAUCAAUAUUCUUUGAACUGCCAUAUUGGGAGGACCUGCCCGUAAGGCAUAACCUGGACGUCAUGCAUAUAGAGUGA